AUGGGCUUUCUUACUGUACUUUAUCUCUCACUCGCGGCUUUAUCCGUCACCAAUGCGGCACAGAUAAUGAGCGCCCCCAAUGGCGCAGAGGUUGUUCCCAAUGGCUACAUUGUUGUCAUGAAGGACGAUACCUCGAAGCAGGAUUUUGCUUCCCAUCGUGUCUGGGUGUCUGGCAUUCACCACAACAUUACCCGGCGUGGCCUUGACGGCGAGGGUGUGAAGCAGACAUAUGAUUUUGACAAUCUGCGUGGAUAUAGCGGAAUCUUUGACAAGGAUACCAUCAAGGAUAUAUCUAAUGACCCAAAGGUUGCUUUUGUCGAACCAGAUGCUAUCAUCAGCCAGCAUGUUGUCGUCCAGCAGCGUAAGGCUCCAUGGGGACUCUCCCGCCUCUCCAACCGCAAGGGAGGGCGCAACUAUGUCUUCGAUAGCACCGCCGGCGCUGGUGUCUGGGCCUAUGUCGUCGACUCAGGUGUGGAUAUUCGUCACGCUGAAUUCCGGGGCCGUGCCGUCUGGGGCUCAAACCAAGUUGACAACCAGAAUUCUGACGGAACAGGGCACGGUACUCAUGUUGCUGGAACAAUUGCCGGCAAGACCUAUGGAAUCGCAAAGAAGGCCAAGGUUAUUGCUGUCAAAGUGCUCAAUUCUGAGGGCAAAGGCCCAACUAGUGGAAUCAUUGCGGGCAUCAACUGGAGCAUCAACAACGCCCGUCAAAAUGGCAUGCUGCACAAAUCCGUUAUAAACAUGUCCCUUGGAGGCUCAUAUAGUGCUGGUCUUAACCAUGCCACCGCUCAGGCUAUCAAGGCUGGAAUAUUCGUUUCGGUUUCAGCUGGUAACGACAAUAUCAACUCGAAUAACAAUUCCCCAGCCUCCGAAAAAUCUGUCUGCACUAUUGCUGCCAGUACGGAGGAUGACGGCAAGGCCUCGUUUUCUAACUGGGGCCCAGCCGUUGACCUCUACGCGCCCGGCCACAACAUUCUUUCCGCCCGCCCUGGAGGUGGAAGCCAGGUUAUGUCUGGAACUUCGAUGGCCGCUCCCCACGCGUGCGGUGUCGCAGCCUACCUAAUCGCGAAGGAAGGCAUUCCGGGUAGCCGGGCUUGUCUUCGUCUUAAGCAGCUCAGCCAGCCUACGAUUCACAACCCCGGCCCCGAUACCACCCGCCGCCUCCUCUAUAAUGGCAGCGGUCGUUAA